AUGUAUGCUAACAAUCUUCAAGUAGCAGCUGCAAUCCUACUAUCAGGGAACAGUUUUUUCAAAAUUGAAAAAAUGGCAAGAUUUAUGGGUCUGUCCUUGUUUUCAGAUGCCACAUUCUUCAGGAUGCAGCGAUUAUACCUAAUACCUGUUGUAAAUGAGUGGUGGUCGUGGCAGAGAGAGCAAAUUCUCAAAGAAUUUUUUGAUAAAGAAGUUAUUGUCUGUAGCGAUGGCCAAUGUGACUCGCCUGGCCAUACAGCUAAAAAUUUAUGCUAUUUUCUGAUGGAGUUGGUCAGUGGUUACAUCCUGGAAGUUGAAGUGAAUGACAAAUGUCAUGUAAAUUUGGAAUCAGUGAACAUGGAAAAGAAUGCCCUGCGUAGUGCCCUUCACCGAGUUAGAGGAAUAUUGAACGUAGUUGAAAUUGUUACUGAUGCCUCUUCAACAAUAAAAAAGUUGAUUGGUAAGAUACUGCAAGCAAUAAUUAAACAGGUGUAUCAAUAUUGCUUUACUGAUACACUUGAAUUUUGUUCAUUAUUUUAGUCUUUUUUACUCUGUACUCAUGCAUAAAAAAAGAAAGAAACGUGCAUGAACUUGUUGCCUUAUACUUCAUGGUAUAACUUGCAUUGCCUCCAACAUUGAUUACUGGUAAUUUCUAUUUUAACCAGAAAUGAACAAAUUUUUUGUUUGGUUUUUCUUGUAGCUGAUGAGUUUCAAGGAGUAUUCCACAGUUUGGAUGUUUGGCGUAAGUCAAAGAGUAUAAGGAAGUGCCUGGCAAAGGUAAUAUCAUUCCCCACAAAAACAGUACUUCAUAUGACUCACUCGUCAGAUCUUCUAAAAUCAGAAGAACAGGAUUUUACUGUAGCUUCUAAAACAAAUAUAAGUAGAAAUUAUUGAUGGUUAGAAAAACAGUUAACUCUAUGAUAGUUUAACAAAAAAGGAAACAAAAGCUAGGAAAGAAUACUUAUUACUUGCUGCGGACUUAAUCCAUUUAGGUUGGGAAAUUGAAAGACAUGGACAAGAUACACUUUUGGCACUGUGCAAGCACUUGUAGACCUACUGCAUCAACCAGUGAUGACGAAGCAGUUGAAAUCAUGAAGGUCUGUACAUGUAGCAUUUCUUACCUAAAUGUAUACACCUACUUCAAUUAUGGUUGCUCCCAUGGAUCAUGCAUCAUUUUUAUCUGAUGCAACCUUAAUUGAAAUAGGUGUAUACAUAAACAUUUUCCCAUUCACACCUAUUGAUAUAUACUUAUUACAUGCACUUACAGUAAAUUGUUAAUCAUUAAGAUUUUGGAGAAUCUCAAACAUGAAGCUUCUGUUUUUUAUUAGAAUACAUGGAUUGGACUUUUACGUCACGUGUGUGACGAACAUGACUGGGUUGGAGGCAGAUCUGCCCAUGAUGAGUUAGAAGACCAUACACUCCCAUGGUUUGACCGCAGGGAUAAAGACUUUGAAGCACUUCAAAAGAUUAUUCUGGAACCUCAACUCCUUGCAAGUUUCAAAUCUUAUGUCAGAUUCAGGUAAACUGAAGUGAAAUGGACAGUGUUUGAUGUAGAAUCCAGUAAUGUCAGUGAUGUAUUAGGAAAGUAAUGUUGAUUCAUCCAAUACAAGAUGGAGUCUUCUUAUCAAUGUUACUGACAAAGAAAUUGAUAAAAAUAUGGUGACUGUUCAGUUAACAUAAGAAACUCGGAUGAAGACCACUGGUUUUGUUAUGUGAAACUUGGAAAUAUUGUUGACCCAAGUUGACAGGAAAAUAGGAAAUAACCAUCUGCACAAGUCAUUUUUAAUCAAAUUAUCUGGUUAUCAGCUACAUUUGCAUGUUGCUUUGGAUUUAUUUUUUUGGAGAAAUUAAUGAUGAAUUUAAUGGACCUCAUUGUUUAUUUUCUCUAGGCAUACAGGAAGUAUUGAGUGUGCAAACAAUCUUACCCUGGCAUAUGCAUCAAAAAGAUGUUCAUACAGGUUUGUUACACUUAUGAUGCAAACGUCUUUCUAAAUAAAUGAUGCCAUUCUACAUUCAAUAAUUCUUUUGGCACAUUCAUUCAAUUUGCAGUGAUAAGCACAUUCCUGUUGGUUCAAACAUUUGGGACAUUAAUGACAAUAUCAUCCUGAACCGAUGAAAAUACAGGAUAUUUUGGAGACAGUUUAGUGAUGUUAUAGAAUGUUAAAAAAAAAACAAACAAGCAAGGAAAAACCAAUAAUGUAAAUACACAGUUCUGCUCAUGAAACAUGUUAAGUUUGACUGCUUAUGCAUUGCCCAUAAUAUACUAAAACCUAUCAAAGUAAUAAUAUAUUGUAAUUUCAAAGACUGACGGAGCAAUGCUGUGUUAUUGUUUUAGUUACAAAGUUUACAAAGCCCGGAAACAACUUGCAGCCAUAGACUGGAAUUUUCAUUUGAACCAAGAGCCGGCAACGACAAAGACAGGGGAACAAAUAGUUACCAGAAAAUACAACCAGCGUACAAAGGAAUGGGAUGCUAAAAUUGUGAAAGUCAAGAAGAAUUAUGAGUACAUCCCUGUCAUGAUGGCAAAGAUCCUUCAUCUUAGAAAAGACAAUGUUGACAUUGUCACUAGACAAGUGUCUUUGAACGAGAGUGACCCUGCAUUGUUGGCUCCCACUAUUGCUGACAAACCCGCACCACCCUCAAAGGAACUAUUUAUUGCCCGCAGGAGCAGGGUUAAGACCUCUAGCACUGCAGACCAG